AUGCCAGACGCCCAGUUUUGGAUAUACCAACCUGAUUUCAAUUCACCCAGAGAUGAGUCGCAAACUCUCUACACACGAUGGAUGUCCUAUAUCACCACUGAAUCGAUGAGACUGUCGCUAUAUACCCUCGUCUUCUUGGAUUCACACACUUUUUCGCCUUGCAAUUCUCGACCCUUGAUGUCACCGAUGGAGCUUGGCUGGGAACUUCCCUUCCCUAUCAGUCUAUGGGAAGCCAAAAACUCUCAUAUAUGGCUUCUGAGAUUCAAUGAGAACUUCGGACCUUCGACCUUUUCAAUAGCCAACAGUUUGUUGCACGGGCCACGCGGCCUGGGGACGGCCUCUCUGACCAUUGCUACUCAGCAACUCAUGACCCAAACACCGGACUCGGAAUUGCUAUCAGCACUAGAAGCAUCCCCCUUUGCCGCAUUUUGCGUUUUGACGAAUAUCGGUGCUCUGGUGCGAGACUUUACGCGAUGUUACUAUCAAAUGCCACCAAGUCCGUCUGAUCCGAAUCCGUUUCAUAUACUUACCCAGGCUCAGAACAAACAAGUACACACCGCGAUAGAAGCAAUCGCGAAGAUUGUCAAGAAGCAGGCUUACACUGGCGACAGCCCCCAGUUUCUCCUAUGGAGGACGAAUGAGCUCUUUCUCUCUUCUAUCAAUAUCAGCUUAUGUCGCCCGGAUCAACUCUUGAUAGCAGGCAUUGUGGAUAACAGUCUGAUAGCCGGGAUGGCUGCAUCCACUCACCUAACCCAAGGGAAUCUGGUCGCGAUUCGGCGAUCAACACCUCUUGUGCCUCAUCAUGUCGGCGGCGACGAGGGAAUCGUGGCUCUUCUGAAAGACUUAUCGGUGGCAUUGGCCAGCAUAUCCGGAGAGGAGCAGGAUCAAGUGGCACGUGAAGCUCCUUGGGUUACCGUGGCCAGUUACGGUGUUUUAUUAUGUAUAUGGGGAGCGCUUAGACGCGCAAGCAGUGAUAUCCGCCACCACUUGGACACCUUCAACGAACUUCCAAUAACCUCGGAAUCCUGCAUGUUGAUCUUCAACACCCUCAUGGAGUCGGCCCUUUUCCAUUCUCCGACCGAGAAUGACCGGGCGGCACGAGACCCCCGCUUGUGGACCAUGGACCGAGAGGCUUUCGUUAGUCUGCUCGAUGAAGGCGAGUCACUGUUCGUCAAUUUGAUCAAGGCAUUCUGUCAGCGGAGAUCCUUGUGGGGAAUUGGACCAUCAAUGCUGGCUGUGUUGGGCGAAAUUCCCGGUACUGGAGCUGAAUGA